AGGCCAACAGUCCCGUCACUUGUGUAGAUGGUCGCAAAGUUCAAGUUGUGGACUCAUCCACUGCCAUGCUGUCCAUCCCUAAUGUGAGUCUCAGUGAAGCUGGGGUUUUCGAUUGCUGUGUAGCACGCAACGGCUGCGGUGACCCAAAGUUCCACUCAGUUGGUAAUACAGAGGAUAUUUACAUUCAAUGUAAGUGGAAAUGAUAAAAUAAACAGUUAUUUCAAACAACUGAAAACAGGACAAGUGAACACAUGAAAACUGAUCACAAAGCAUCUGAACACAGGACAAGUAAACCCAAAGACAGGUGAACCCACAGAAAAGUGACCAUGCAGACAAUAGACCACACAGACCAAUAACUGCACAGAUAAGUGUGAACACAUUGACAAGUGACCACACUGACAAGUGUGAACAUAGGACAAGUUCACACACAUAACAAGUGACCAAUCAGACAACUGACCACACAGACAAGUGUGAAAACACAGACAAGUGUGAUACACACAUUCAAGUGACCACAUGGACAACUACAUACACACAAAAAAUAUUAAACAAAUGUUCAUGCACCUAACUAAUCUGGUGCCAUGCCCCAACUGUCUGGGGUGCCAUGCCCCAACUGUCUGGGGUGCCAUGCCCCAACUGUCUGGGGUGCCAUGCCCCAACUGUCUGGGGUGCCAUGCCUCAACUGUCUGGUUGGGGUGCCAUGCCCCAACUGUCUGGGGUGCCAUGCCCCAACUGUCUGGGGUGCCAUGCCCCAACUGUCUGGGGUGCCAUGCCCCAACUGUCUGGGGUGCCAUGCCCCAACUGUCUGGGGUGCCAUGACCAAUUAAGUUUGUUACCCUGGGAUUAACAAAGAUGCCGUAUCAAAUUUUGUCAUCGGAUUCUGGAAAACUUAAACAUUUGAACUGGUUUCCUUGGGAGCAGGCUGGUUGACAGGAAUUAAAAAAAAAAAAUUUGUACCCAUCCUGGGGAACAGAAACUGGUUUGAUGACUUUCUCAGAAAUUGUGCUCAUUAGCAAUAUUGGCCAAUAUCCAAGCCCAUCGGACCUAGAAGAAAAUGGUGGUGUCUGAUGUUGGUGCUACCCAGUGCUAGGGUCAUGGUGCUACCCUCCUCCUAUUCAGACUUCCCCAUGGACCUUACUGAGUCUCCCUGCUCGUGUGACACCAUGCUCUUCAUGGAAAAUGAUAGUAGCUAUUUCUAUCCCCAUCCUCCACACAUAUAAGUGUAGUGGAUUAGGCUAGAAAUAGUUGCUCCAAGAUCUUAUCAGUGUGGAGGAUGAGGCUAGAAAUAGCUGCCCCAAGACCUUUAAGUGUCAAGGAUGUGGCUAGAAAUAGCUUCCCCAAGAUCUUAUAUGUAUGGAGAAUGAGGCUAGAAAUAGCUGCCCCAAGAUCAUACAUGUGUGGAGGAUGAGGCUAGAAAUAGCUGCCCCAAGAUCUUAUAUGUAUGGAGGAUGAGGCUAGAAAUAGCUGCCCAAAGAUCUUAUAUGUGUGGAGGAUGAGGCUAGAAAUAGCUGCCCCAAGAUCUUAUAUGUGUGGAGGAUGGGGUUCGAAAAUAGCUACUGUCAUAGUCUUCGAAGUUGGGACAUAUUUAACAUUUGUUUUCAAAGUUCAGAGCGAAAAGGGUUUAACAUUUUUUAAAAUUAUCUAAAAAGAGCUUUAAUAAAGAAGAGUUUAUUGUUUCUGGAGGUUCUUAACAUUGAUAAAUAUUGCAGACUGAUACAUUUGUGCCUGAUCUUAAAUUUGAUUUUAAUCACAAUUCCCCAAAAAUUCCUUUACAAACCAGCUUAGUUGAUAUUUAUUUUUCAGGAUUUAUUGUCUACAAUAUUUUAGAAAUGUAAAAAUAAAAUCUUGAUGAUAAACUUCAGAUCAACCUGAGAAUGUGACUGACUUUAAGUGUUUCAUCUACAACUGGGAUGAUCACAUGAAUUGUACCUGGACAAAUCC